GACGCGUCAGGCACUUUGAUGUCCGACGAACAGAAUAGACCGCCCGGUUCCGACAGUCUGCGUAGGAUCCCAAGCUCCGGCAGUUUGGAUUCGAUAGAUCAGAGCAUGACGGAUUUCGAUACCUUCCAACCAGACUCUCAGGAAUUUAGCGAUCCAGGUGACGAUUUGCACGUGUCGAUAGCCGUUCUUCUUUAUUUGUUGUGGCUCACUUGUUUACGCUUCUUCCGAUUCGCCGUCCUCGCUACCAUUGUGACGCUCGUCAUGGUGAUAAGCAUGGUCUCAGCGAGUGCCGUAAAUGUUGCUGUGGGUUCUCAUGCCAUUCGUUGUGUUAUAGUUAUGGCCUCAAAGCAUGAUGUGUACGGAAAGCCUUCUCUAACCCUUUUGGUGGCACUUCUACACGGUUACGAGUCUGGAUGUUCUCCGUUUGUCUCUUCGGACAAUGAAGCAAUCAGCAUGGCAAAUAUAAGCAGCGGUCUUUCUUAUGCUAUGAACGAUCAGUCCGUCGAUGACUUAUUGGUUGAACCCCGACAUUCCCGAGACAGCAUGUACACCUCCCGGGACAAGACGACUCCACGCUCUGGCGGUUCGCCAGAACCAGGCAUGCUUCAGCAGCAAGCCUCCAGUAGACCUGGCAUACCGAAGCUUGUUGCCCGACGUAACGGUGCUGGCGAGAGUCCCCGGCACAACUGGUUUCCCAGCUCUAGUUCUGCCGUCAGCGGAGAGUCCAGUCGUUUGCACAGCACUGGUUCUCAGUCUGGCCAGGGCGCUACGGGCCGUGAAAAGCGUAUCUCAAGGACAAGUAGGCGGCCGAGCCGUUUAGGAUCACAGACUGAUUCCAACGACGAGUCCUCUGACCAUGACUUGAUGGUGCGCUCCGCCUACUCUACUGAUGCGCACUCGAAACCCCCAACGACUGCUAAUGGAUCCCAGCAGGACGGGGAGUACCGGAAGUCAUUGCAUGGCUCGCCGCGUUUUUUGUCGCUCGGAUCAACCCAUACGGGAUCCAGACGUAGAAUUUCGAGAUCGGCCGAGGUGGUCGUUUGUCAGGUGCCAUUGGAGGGUGGAGCUACUGCUGUGAAAGUACCGACUCCAGCCGAAUGGCUGGCCGGAGCUCCAUCAUGA